GAACGUGACGUGGACUGUUUAUAGCAAGUAUCCAAAAGGUUUUUCCGGGUGUCUCGUGUUCAGUUUCGAUGGACUUCUCUAUUUGUUUUUAAUAUGCUGCGCCCCGAUUGCUAUUUAUUUAUCCGAAAUAGACGUAGCACAUAUAUACACACAUAUAAAAGAACGCGUCACGGUGUCAAACGGUAGAUAUAACCUGCCAUGCCAGAUGGUUAGCUAGCUAAUUAGCUCGUAGCUAACAUCCCUUGAAUGAUUCCUUAUAUAGGGUUGUGUGGUAUCGACGAUAGUUAUAAAACGCGAUUAUGAUAUUAUUUUAAUUAGAGACCAAGACGAGGCUGUCUCUAAUUUCAUUUCGUAGAAAGCAGUAAUGAUAUAAAGGGCACUUGGGGACGGUAAAGCCAGCCGGCUGAACAUGGAGGAGAAAUACAGUAGCAACGUCCUCUCUGGGAGGAAACUGGGAAUGGUUGAGGUUCCUAAUUCUAGUUUAACCAAGUACAUCGUUUUACUGGUUAUCUCCAAGAUCCUCAAGGCCCUGGGGAUAUUUGAAUCCUAUGACAUCCUUAAGGUUGUUCACAUUGUCCAGUUUAUCUUCAUAUUAAAGCUAGGGUCUGCUGUUGUUUUACUUUUCUUUCAAAAACCCUUUUCUUCUGGAAAAGUCAUCUCAAAAAGACAGUGGAUAAAGUUACUAAAGCAUGCUGUUUUCAGCUGCAUCAUAUCCCUGCUGGGCUUUUUUGGGUUGACUCUCUGUGGACCUCUGAGAACAUUAUUACUUUUUGAGCAUAGUGAUGUGGUGGUGAUUGCUCUCCUCGGUGUCCUUUUUACCAGCACAGGAGGAGGACCAUCCAAGACCAGAGGCGCUGCUCUCUUCAUCAUCGCAGUGAUCUGCCUUCUCCUCUUUGAUAAUGAUGAUCUCAUGGCAAAAAUGGCAGAGCAUCCUGAGGGACAUCACGACAGCGCGCUAACUCAUUUCCUCUACACCACCAUUGCAUUUUUAGGAGUUGCAGAUCACAAAGGUGGUGUUGUGCUGCUGGUGGUCUCCCUGUGCCUGAAGGUGGGCUUCCACACAGCCUCCAGGAAGCUCUCAGUGGAACUUGGUGGAUCCAAGCGCCUGUAUGCCCUUGACCACCUGGUGUCUGCUGUGGUGCUGCUGCCCUGGGUCAUAGUGUUGUCUGCCACUACUGAAAGUAAAGUAGAGUCAUGGUCUUCUCUCAUCCUGCCUUUUGCCAUGAUCAUCUGCUCUGUGGUGAUCCUUGAGUUUUACGUGGAGGCCAUCUGCAGUGCAAAGAUGGAGGUGCAGCGGUGCGCCCGAUACGGCGCCAUUGCACUCUUCUCCAGCUCCCUACUACUCGCCAACUUCUGGACCCACCCACUGACCGACCAGUUGCGCUCUAUGAGCAAACCGCCCCAGGAGACCAGCACGGAGCAUGUGCUCUCUGGAGGGGUGCUUGUCAGCGCUGUCUUCUUCAUCAUGUCAUCCAGUAUUCUCUCAUCCCCUUCAAAGAAAGGUCAAAAGGGCACCCUGGUGGGUUACUCACCUGAAGGGACACCCUUGUACAACUUCAUGGGUGACGCUUUGCAGCACACAUCUCAGUCCCUGCCACGGUUCAUCAAAGAUUCCCUAAAACAGAUCCUGGAGGAGUACGACUCACGGCAGAUCUUCUACUUCCUGUGUCUGAACUUGGCUUUCACCUUUGUGGAGCUCUUUUAUGGUGUUUGGACAAACAGUCUUGGACUGAUCUCGGAUGGCUUCCACAUGUUGUUUGACUGCUCAGCUUUAGUCCUCGGCCUGUUUGCCGCACUAAUGACUCGUUGGAAAGCGACCAGGAUCUUCUCCUACGGGUAUGGUCGUGUCGAAAUCCUUUCUGGGUUCAUCAAUGGCCUGUUCCUGAUGGUCAUCGCUUUCUUUGUCUUUGUGGAGUCUGUUACCCGUUUAGUGGACCCUCCUAACAUAAACACAGACAUGCUGACUCCGGUGUCUGUCGGCGGUUUAUUGGUCAACCUUGUGGGAAUCUGCGCUUUCAGCCACGCUCACUCCCACGGUGGAAAAAGUUGCUCCACGCACGACCACGGCCAUUCACACCAUGGACACUCCCAUGGCGACCACAGCCAUGGAGGCCACAGCCAUGGAGGCCACAGCCACACUCAUGGAGGACACGGGCAUGGCGGUCAUGGACACGGACAUGGACAUGGCGGGCAUGGGCAUUCCCACAGCUCAGGGGGCAUGAAUGCCAACAUGAGAGGUGUCUUCCUUCAUGUCCUGGCUGACACGUUGGGAAGUGUCGGCGUCAUCAUCUCCACCGUCCUCAUACGCCAGUUUGGCUGGUUGAUUGCCGAUCCUAUUUGCUCCCUCUUCAUUGCCACGCUCAUCUUCCUCAGCGUCAUCCCUUUGCUGAAGGAUGCUUGUGAGGUUCUUCUGUUGAGAACUCCACCCGAGCACGAGAAGGACCUGAACAAUGCUCUGGAGAAGAUUGAAAAGAUUGAAGGGAUUUUGUCAUACAGAGAUCCUCAUUUCUGGAGACAUUCAGCCAGCGUGAUCGCAGGGACCAUCCACCUCCAGGUCAUGUCAGAUGUGGUGGAGCAACGCAUCAUACAGCAGGUGACGGCUAUUUUGAAAGAUGCCGGAGUGAAUAAUCUCUCGGUGCAGUUGGAGAAGGAAGCUUACUUCCAGCACAUGUCUGGGCUCAGCACCGGAUUUCAGGAUAUUCUAGCUAUGACGCAGCAGAUGGAGUCUAUGAAAUACCUGAAAGAUGGGACGUGUGUCAUGUAGCCUCCAUUUGUGGGACCAAAUCAGAUCUUAUUAAUUGCAAUGGUUUUUACAUGGAUUGUACAGUGUAUGUAUGUGAUUUGAAUAAAUCUGUAU